CUCGCAAAAGGCACGCGGAUAAAAAGCAGAGGACGCGCACGGCCGCACGCACACCCAAACCGCGGAGGCAGGCAGCGGCCGUCGGCGGCGGCCGGGCCAAUAAAACUGCCGUAACGAACCAGCACACGCUGCUCUGACCCCCUCUCUCUCUCUCUCUCUCUCUCUCCAUACACAGCAGCAGCGGCAGCAACGAGCAGUUGCAGCCGCACCAGGCAGGUCACAAAGCAGGAGCGGAGGCCGGGGCGGCGCGCGAGCGAGCGAGGCGGGCACAGGGGAGAGGAGACCGGAGGGGAGCGAGCGUCGAGGCUGGCCGCCGCGAGGAUCCCGGCGCCCGUGCGCGCUGUCAUGGCGUGGUGGCGGAAGAAGGUGGUCUCCCCGGCGCGCCGCGCGUGGGCCGCCGUCUCCACCGGCGUCCGCAUCCGCGCGCGCAACACAGGCAGCGGCGGCAGCAUACUGAAGCUUCACGAGGAUGUGCAGACCUGUGGCUACAAGGACGUGCAGGUGAUGUUCGAGAUCCUGACCUCGGAGCUGGAGGUGGCUUCGCACGGCCCCAAGCACCACCAGCGCAAGCGCCCGGCGUGGACGCCGCCGCCGCCGUGGCCCAGCCACCGGUCGUCGUCCAUGAUCGCGGCCGCGCAAUAGAGGCCAGUCCCCCGACGCCGACGGGACGUGCACAUCAGGACAUGGAGUGGAAAGCUGCGCGUCAUGGUUAAUAAGCAGUCAAGAACACCUGGUUAGUACGUGAUGAUAGCUAUUAUUCUUGUCACUGAACGUGUGGUGCCAAGGUAAUCAGGCAUGCGUCCCCCUGCCCGUCUGUCCGGCGAAAGAGCGCGAAGAAUCCAGCAGAGUCAAGGUGUAAGUGUGUGCUAUAAGUUGGUCUGAAUGUCUGUACAUACUGCAUAGCACUUGUGCUGAAUUUUUUGCAAGACUCGGAGAAAUUGAUGGAGCAAGAGGGGUUUAUUUUUCAAUCGACUUGUGUAUCUUCCCGUUGCCAUUUGUAUGGUUCAUGAGCUCUUUAAGCAGUUUUCUGAAUAAUUUUAUGUGAGAAGCUGCUAGCGUAUAGUAGAGUAUA